AUGCGGUGCUCACCUCAGCCGGUCGGGUCCGAUGAUGACAGCGGCACGAGUAGCAACUUUCCGGGUGUCUUCUCAGACGGCGCUUCUGAUAAUCUCUCCGAGAGUGCAUCCGAGCCAGCCAGCAGUGGUGACGAUUCUGAAGAUUCUGAUGAUGAUUCGAUCCUAGACGAUGAGGAGGAAGAACGGGAGCUUACCGCAUUGCACUACCUUGAGGAGGCUGAGUCUCUCAAUGUCUCGCAGCUCCGACAAAAACGUUAUAGUCCGAAGACCCAAUCUAGCUUAGACGAUACGCGGGAUUACUGGAACCGGUUCUGCUACGAAGGAAAACACGAUCCGGUCGAACGUUUUGGCUGGCUCUCUGAUUCCGAGGAGACAAUUCGAUUCCUGAAGGCCUUUUUCUCCUGGCGAUGCGGUCGGCGACGAAGCAAAACGGGCCGUCGCACUCCUGGAAUAAAAUAUAAAACCUCGCUCGAGACCUUCUGGAAGUGGUGGCAUCUGGUGUACAAGGCGGAGGUGGGGCAGGGUCUUAGCAAGGACACCACUGUCAAGAUCCUGGAUGUAUUGGCUAUGGUUGCCAAGGAGAGAAACCUUCUUUCUGGGCGGCGACCAAAAGCGACCAUGUAUAUCGAAGACGUGGCGGAGUUCGCUCGCGUGCUUCUGUCAACGACAGAGAUGACAUUCCAGUGUGGGUGGCUUCGGAUACAACUCCUCCUCUUCUGCCAGCUGGCCGCUAUCACCGGUAGCCGUCCAGGAGCUCUUCUAAAUCUACGCUAUCGGAACCUUAUGCUCACUCUCGUCCGUAACCCGGACGGAGGGCGUCCCCAGUUAUUCAUUUACUUGACCCCAGAGUUUACCAAGACUUUCUUGGGUGAGAAGGAACAGAACACUUUUCCCAUUCCAGAGAUCAUCUUUGACCCGACAUUAGUCCUCAGCCCCCACGUGUUUCUUCUAGGGAUGCUGUUUCGAAUCAAGGCGUUCAAGAACUUCUCCAAAGACGGGCUAGUGGUCGACUGCCCCGAGAAUUUAUAUAACCUGGGCGUUUUGAAUGGACUGGGAGAACAAGAACUGAAAUUGAACGACGAAGUUCUCGAUCGGUUUGUGUUCUGUCAGGCCCUGCGUGAGUCGGAUGGGAUCCGAAUCGCGUUAGAGAAGCAACUUACGGAAGGAGCACUUCGAUAUCGAAUGAAGCGAGGAGGGGAAAUUACAGGAUUCGAGCAGGUCACAAAGCCGUACUGUCUCCGCUAUGGGGCAGCAAAAGCAUUCAAUGAUAGCCCGGACGUUACCAACGAGCUCCAAAACGUGAUGUUGCAGCAUGCUAGCAUCAACACUUUCGUCAAACACUAUAGCGUGGGCAUCCACGUUGACGCUCAGGCGAUUGUUCGGGGACUGCCGGCCCAGAAACAACUGAUGCGGUUUGCAGCAUCCAUGAGCCGAUCAAUUGACCCCCGUCGACCUUACAAAUUAGAGGACACUAGCAUUGUCAGCAAGGUUCCAAAUGUAUGCAAGAUUCAGAAGAAAGUCAUUGAAAGAAAAGAAGUUCGGGAGAAGAUGAAGCGGGCUUUUGAAAUGACGGAAUGGGACUUCCAGCGAAAAUUCGGCGAUUACCUACAACAAAAGAAGUUGAAACAGGAACUCCAAGGCCCCGCUCGUCUGGCACUCGACGUUGUAGAGCGGCGGGAGAGAGAGUACAUGCGCGCGACCCAAAGACAUACCCGGGCACAACGUGUGGCUCGAAAUGAGUGGCAACGACAACGUAACCGCCUGGUGCGUGAGAAUCUGGUACGAUAUAAGAACGAGCAGCCGGUGAUUGACAGUGAGAGACAACUCGCUGGAAAAGUGGUGGAUGAAGAGUGUAUGGGUGCUCUGGAGCGGACAGGAUAUAUGACUCCGCAGCAUAUCAUCUUGAUCGAUACCAUCUUGACCAUGCCAGGCUCCACUGUUGAGAAGGAGUAUCAACGUCGAAUUGCUGCAAUCAACGCGGUUAUCACUUUCUGUGAUGUGGAAGAAGGUUUUCCCACAAGGCGACCAAAAGCUACUCAGAAACGUCCCGCCACAAACAACUUACCUUCUGCCCCCCCUGCGAAAAGGCAAGAACGCCCUUCACCUGAGGACGGAAAGACCACACUUUCCCUUGCAUUUGCGUCUGUCUGUAUUAAAGCUCGACAUGAGCGGCCGACAAUUUGUUUCCUCUGCCUUGGAAAUCCUCGUUUGCCAGAUCGUCAGCGAGUCAAAAGCUUUCGGACCCCUGGAUCCCUCGGUCGUCACUUUGUUGAUAUUCACGUCAUACCAUAUCCGAAAGACAUGCGGGUCAAAUGCAGCAUCUGCAGGGAAGACUUAGAGAGUAAAUCUGCAUUGAUGAACCAUGCUGAGGGAGUGCAUGGAACUGUAUCACGUCGGCCGCUAUCUGCCCUUGGCCCAAUUUAG